AUGAAAAGGCCGGAUGAAGUCUCCCAGGAAGUCUUUCCUGCCAAAUCAACCUCCAUCACCCAAGAUGUCGUCGAUACGGUGGCAAGUAAGACGGGGGUCCUAGAGCAACUAUUCACUGUGCACAAAAGCCUACACAGAAUUCUUCAAAAACGGCAAGAGAGUCUUAUUAAAGGAAGGGAAAUUGACUGGGGCACAGCAGAGGCGCUGGCAGUGGGAAGUCUGUGUCUUGAAGGUCACCAUGUGCGGAUUUCAGGCCAAGAUGUCGAGCGCGGCACAUUCUCCCAGCGUCAUGCAGUCAUCCACGAUCAAAAUAGCGGUUCAAAAUUUACUCCGCUCGACUCACUAAGUCCCACCCAAGCUCGAUUUACAGAGGCACAGUUUGGCGACUUCGCAAACAACGCCCAAUGCAUAAUUGAUCAAUUCAUUUCAUCCGCUGAGUCCAAAUGGUUACUGAGAUCUGGUAUUGUAUUAUCCCUACCGCAUGGGUUUGAUGGACAAGGAUCUGAGCAUUCAUCGGCUCGCAUGGAACGGUUCUUACAGUUGUGUAAUGAGGAUGCUCGCUUCUUCCCAUCUCCAGAGAAGUUAGCUAGACAGCACCAAGAUGCCAAUAUGCAAGUUGUCUACAUGACUACCCCUGCAAAUAUGUUCCACGUGCUCAGACGACAGCUACAUCGUGAAUUCAGGAAGCCGCUGAUCAUGUUCUUCUCAAAAUCUCUUCUUCGGCAUCCGAUGGCAAGAUCUAACAUCGGCGAUUUUAUCGGAGAAUCGAAGUUCAAGCCUCUGAUCCCAGACUCAGCCCAUGCCGAUGGAGCGUCCAUUUCCAACCCCUCUGAUAUCACAAGAGUGAUCUACUGCACGGGACAAGUCUACAUGGCACUAGCAAAAUAUCGUGAGACCCACAACAUUACGGAUACAGCCAUAACGCGUAUCGAACAGCUUCAUCCAUUCCCUUGGCAAGAGGUGAGGGAAAAUCUCGAUCAGUAUCCUAGCGCCUUGGAUGUCGUAUGGUGUCAAGAGGAAUCCCUCAAUGAUGGCCCAUGGGCAUUCACUCGGAGUCGACUCGAGACUAUCUUUGAUACGACGGUACAGCACAAGGGCCGUCGGCUACGCUUUGCGGGACGUGAAGCAACGGCUAGUGUGGCUACAGGGUUUGUCAAGGAACACCAUGCGCAAGAAGCUGUUUUGCUGAGGGAUGCUUACCAGUCUGUUUGA